GUAAUAUAAUAAAGCUAUAUUUAAAUAAAAAAUAAUGGAACCAAGAAAUAUUAGAAUUUUGGUCGGAAUUUCCGCCUUUUUUGUAUUUUUAUUCGGCGUUGCUCAAGUUGUUUUAACAUGGGCUAAUAAUAAUAUUGACACAAUUCAUACAUGGGCAUUCUUUGCCAAUGGUUGCACUUGUGUUUUAACCGGUGUUGUUGGUCUUAUUGCAUCAAUCUUUUCAAAUAAAACCUUUGCUAAAAUUUAUUUCCUUAUGUCCUUCAUUACUGUUUUUGAAGCAGUUAUUGUUUACAUUGUUUACAGUGCCAACUUAUCAACUUAUAUUAAAACUGCUUGUGGUGGUGCUUAUUUCUUCAACUCUUAUUGCCAAGGUAUUAAAACAUAUCUUUCAACCACCACUGGUGUCUUCUGGUCAUGGAUCCUUUUACUUAUUCCAAUUUCAACCUACCUUGCUUGGAGAAAUUUAACUUGCAUCGGUCAAACUUCUGGUAUCGAAAUGGAUAAAAGAAAUUAA